UGCGUCAUCACGUACCCCAAGGCAGGCACGACGUGGACGCAGGAGAUCGUGUGGCUCGUAUGCAACGAAGCCGACACAGAGAUGGCCAAAACGACGAAUCUAGAGGACCGGUUUCCCUGCCUAGAGUUGCCGGUGCCCGGCAUCAAGACCAUCGCUAAAUCCCCAUCACCUCGAUUCAUCAAGACUCAUCUUCCACACGGCGUUUGCCCUCCGGAUAUCUGGCGCAAGGGUGCAAAGGUUGUCUAUACGACGAGAAACCCUAAAGACGUUUCCGUAUCGGUCUAUCACUUUUUGCGGUUAUUAACCGCCACAAAUUUCAAAGGAACGUUCAGUCAAUUCUUCCCUCUCUUCGCAGAUAAGUGGGCUAUAUAUGGCGGUUUCUGGUAUCACGUGUUGGGCUUUUGGAAGAGGCGAGAUGAGCCGAAUAUCCUGUUUAUGACAUACGAGGAAAUGCUGCAGGACACACCGAAGGCGAUUCGGAAAAUCGCCUCGUACCUAGAGAAGGACCUGACAGAUGAGCAAGUGCGGAAGAUCGCUUUCCACUGCAGUUUCGACCAGAUGAAGAACAACCCGAGUGCAAACAUGAGCUGGAUGCAGGAGACUGGCGUCUGGAAGAAUAACGAAUUCACCAACAAUGGCGGCCUGAUGCGGAAAGGCAAAGUAGGAGACUGGAGAAACCACUACACACAGGUGCAAAGCGAGGAAGUGGACAGAUUGAACAGGGAGAUCUUGGAGCCUCAUGAUCUCUCGUUCGUUUACGACUUGUGAGAUCGACGCAUGGAUGUGAUAAUUGUGACUGUGCCUUCUUCUAGUGUGUGAUGAUGUUUAACCGUGUUGGCUAAAUGUCGACUCCAAUCUCAAAUGAACAUGUGAUUCUUCGUCUAGCUCAGGCGCCCAGCGUAUACCAAUCACACUAUGCUCAUGCCGCAAACGAAAGCAAGAGUCUGUAGUCCAUCACUUGGUCUACAUUGGUUAGAUCAGAUGGGAAGCUGCUCGCUGAAGGUAUUAGCAGCGUGGAACACACCGUGUUCUCCUGCUGCUGCACACCACGCAUGUCGAUGGUUAGUUAGGUUUACGUGAUCACUAAACCUACAGCUGCAUCCUGCGGCAUGACGGAUAAAAGCUUGUAUCGGAUGAAGAAGCAAGCGUUGGAAUCUGAACAAUUAAACUAAUGUUGGCUGAUGUAAACGCUGACUGAACAGCAAGCGCAUAAUUAAUUGGAAUUCCAAAUGCCAGCGCCAUGUUGAAAUGUAAUGAUAAAGAUUAAGGGCAAAAAUAUAUAUACUCCAGGCCAGGGCGUGGCUGGAACACGCUCCCAGUAUUAUACAAAUCAUUGUUAUAUUACAUCAUUUAAAAGAACGUGAUAAAGUCAUUGUUUCACUACACUAUAUUCACCGUGAGAUUGGUAUGGUUCAAAUUAGUUAAAAAGCAUAUUUUUAUGGAUAAAAUCGACAGCGUGAAUGUUUUAAUAACAUUUCAUUGUUCUGUGCAACGUCGAGUGUUUAUUUAAAUGGAAUUGCCGUAUUUGUUUAUAUCAUUGAAUCACACGCUGGGACACAGUCCGAAACAACCAUAGCACUGACCGUUAAAUUAGUGUUAUGCAAAUCUGAAUAAUAUACCAACUCAAAUAUAAUCUGAUUCAUAGAUGCAGAGCAUAUAGAGCUUAAUGUACUAUAGUUAGGUGUAAUGUGCCUCUAUGUCACCAAGGGUGACUUUAUGACAUGAGCUUUUAAUUUAUAUUUUUACAGAUAUUUGUGUUUCGUUUGUGUUAGUCACCGUUAAGUUUAAUUUUCGUUUCAAUUCGUCGUGUAUUAUGUGUUUAUGUGUCUUAUGAAACUUUGCAGAAUAAUAUUUGGUAACAGUCACACUGGAUUGUUAUGACCAGGUGUGUCUGAUUUGUUUUAAUUACGUUUUCAAAUACAUAGUAAAUGACUAUAUUUUGCGUGUUGGAUCACCAUGAAUUUGCCUAAAAUUAAGCUCAUUGAUAUUAGGUAAUUGACGCCAUCUUGUAACAGUUUUGUAAACCCUAUUCUAUACCGAAUUGUAUCGUAGUAAUGAUCCAUGGCAGUCCUCGAUCAUUUGUAUACAUGUAAGUAAUUCUCUAUAUAUGUCAGCCCAAUUAGUAGCCUGUUGAUAAGAAUGUGAUACACCAUAAUAACCGGAUAGAAGUCACGCGUUCGUGUGACCUUUCCUAAAUGCUGGUAACGUCAAUCACUCCCGAUUUAUUCGCUGAAGAUUCUAAUUUUGUAUGCGAUGGCCUUCCACACUCUAUGGUAUAAAUACAUACGAUAAGAAAUUAUAUGUAUGUGAUUAAAUCUACUAAAGAAAGUGAACGGAA